AUGAAAAUGUUUGAUCCAGAUAAAUAUAUUGAAUAUUUAAGAAUAGAUGCAUCAAGAUUUAACGAAUUAUUAAAUUUAAUUAAACCAAAAAUUGAAAAACAACAUGCAGUAAGAGUACCGAUUUCUGCAGCAACUCGUCUACAAAUAUGCCUACGAUAUUUAGCAUCAGGAGAUACAAUGACUUCAAUUUCAUUUGCAUUUAGAGUGGCAGUAAAUACUGUCUCUAAAAUUAUUAGUGAAACAUGUGUAGCUAUUUGGGACGUUUUAAGUGUCCAAGUUUUCCCAGAAAUCAAUAAAAAUCUUUGGAAAAAGAAAGCAGAAGAGUUUGAGACACUAUGGAAUUUUCCACACUGUAUUGGAGCUAUUGAUGGAAAACAUCGAACUUCAGAGACUCCGCCUCAUAGUGGCUCUAUGUUUUAUAAUUAUAAAGGCACUCACAGUAUUGUGCUAUUAGCCGUAGCAGAUGCUAAUUGUUGUUUCACUAUCGUUGACAUUGGAGCAGAAGGAAGACGCAGUGAUGGCGGUAUAUUUAAAGAAAAACAAAGACAAUAUGCUACCGACAUGACUUUAGAAGACAUGGAUAAUUCUAGCCAAAUGCUACAGUUUGAAAAUACAAAUGUUUUUCUACGAGGUGGACAAAUUCGAAAUGAAUUCACUGAAUAUUUCUGUACUCACGGAGUUAUUGAACAGCAGUGGGAUAAAGCAUAUAAUAAUGACUUUUAA